CACAAAAUAAUUAAAAAAGCCAAACCGCACUCUCCAUCUGUCCAACCCUUUUUGUAUCCUCAACAAAACCAAUCUCUCAUUUGUUCUUCUGCACAAUCUCUAUCACUUUAUAUUUCUCCCUCUCCUUACAUAAGGAAAGGUCGUAGAAGAAACCAAAAACUAACGAAAAGGGGUUUUAAUAUAACUCAUCUGUAAAAAAACAAAUAUAUAUACAAAAUGGGUGGUGUCAAGUUGUUAAUCAUCUUUGGUCUCUUGAUCUUAGCUAUGGUAGCUACAACCGUCAAUGCGACGUACCCUUUGACUAAAUCUUGCUUCAACGGGCAAGGUUGUAUCGGAGAUGAUGAUGAACUAGAAUCUCUAAUGGAUUCAGAGGCAAACCGACGUCAACUCGCUAGAGGACGUCGUUACAUUGGCUACGAUGCUCUUAAAAAGAAUAAUGUGCCUUGCAAUAGACGUGGCCGGUCUUACUACGAUUGCAAGAAGAGGAGAAGGAAUAAUCCUUAUAGGCGUGGAUGCAGUGCGAUCACGCAUUGCUAUAGAUACGCUAAGUGAUAACAAAAUGAUAGAGAAGAGGACUGGAUUCAACACCGUUCAAUCUUCAUUCUUGAUCGUUAAUGAUUUUUCUUCCGUAACGUACCCUAUGAUUCUAACUUUACAAUUAUUUUUGUUGUAUUUACUUUCUUUAUAUAAUCAUAUCAUCAUGAUGCAUAUAUAAGCUUUUGAUUCUUCGA